CAAGUCCCGAGCUUCGUAUGUGUCCUGUUCUGUGCAUCUCUCAGUGGAAACCAGGCUUACAGUAGUCUACUUUACUCACUCCAAUACUGAACUAACUUUCCACGUUUUGUUUUGUUUUCUUUCCCGAGUUUCAGCAAAGGAUCCCUUAAAAGGCGAGUGAAAUGAAUCAGCCAUUAUUGUUGUCUUCCUGGGUUUUGUGGUCUCGCAACAAAACAAAACAUGGCCCUCUCUUCUUCCUUUUCCCUCCCUUCCAUUUCCAAGAUUGACCACGCUAAGAAGGCGUUGAGACCUCGGAGUAAUGAUAGAAGCAAACAAAGGUUCGAUUUUCCACUCACAAGUAGUAAAACUGAACUGUUUGGUCAUCAGCUUGUGACAGUGGGAGCUCACUUACACAAGAGCUGGAGUUUUUUGGGAGGUUCGAGAGUUACUAUGAGACCAAGGCAUGAGAGUAUCGUUCCACUUCGAAAAAUCUCUCAAGUAUACACGUCAUGGUUGGCAAGUUCUCAAAUUGCUAGCACUGCUUUUACUUUCGGAACAGCCUCAGUUCUCCCAUUCUAUGCCCUCAUGGUUCUGGCACCUAAAGCUGAACUAACGAAAAUUUCCAUGGAAAGUAGUAUACCGUAUAUCGUGCUGGGAGUUCUCUAUGCCUAUCUACUAUACCUCUCUUGGACUCCUGAAACGCUCCAGUUGAUUUUUGCAAGUAAAUACUGGCUUCCUGAGCUGCCGGGUAUUGGAAGGAUGUUCUUGAAUGAGAUGACAUUAGCUUCUGCUUGGAUUCACUUGUUGGUUGUGGAUCUCUUUGCUGCAAGGCAGGUUUUUCGUGAUGGACUGGACAACAAAAUUGAGACGCGACAUUCAGUUUCUCUUUGCCUCUUUUUCUGUCCCGUUGGAAUCGUUACUCAUGUCAUUACCAAAGCACUGACUAAAAAUGCUGGAAGUUCCAGCACACGUAAUAUGCAUUGAAAAUUGAAUUUUUUCCGCAAGAAUCAGGAUUUUUCGGAAGUUGAAAAGAAAACCCUGAUUUGAAUGAUUGAACGCAUGAAGAUUCUUAUGUUCGUCGGCAAUUUACAAAUAUGUUGUUCUCGUUGAAAGCACAUAUAUCAUACUAUCUUUGAUCAAAUACGUUGACAAGUUUUUUUUUUUUU